AUGUCCACCUCGCUUAGUUUUCAAAGGCACAAGGUGAGCUACGUGGAAGCGGUGGCCACGGGGCGGCAGACGCCCAAGUGGUUCGUGUCCCACUGGUGGGGCGAGGCCCACGGGCACUUCGUGAAGUCCCUGUCGCAACACGCGAAGGACCGUGCGCUGGCACUGGAAGACCCUUACUGGGUCUGCGCCUAUGCAAACAACCAGUGGGCACUUGGAGGUGACGUGUCGUGCCCGGACCCGUCCCAGAGCUCGUUCCGCCGUGCGAUCGACCUGAGCGUUGGAACGGUGUCCGUGCUCGACGUGCAGGCCGUGUGCUACACGCGCAUCUGGUGCAGCUACGAGGUCUACGUCUCGCUCGUGGUUCGCGACUUCGACGAGGAGGACGUGGAGGACCACAUGUACGACAUCUACGCCACUGUGAAAGGGCGGGCGGUCGGCAUCACAGACGGGAUCGUCGCGGCAGACCUGAAGAACGGCGAGGAUGGCGCCGACUACUGGAAGUGCCAGCGCGAAAGUGCCUUUCCACUCAAGUACGCCGACAAGGCCCUGAGCAUGCAGCUGCAGGACGCCCAGGCUUCGGUGGAGUCCGACAGGCGCCACAUCCUCAACAGCAUGGCCGGCGCGGAGGACUUCGACGCGGAGCCUCCCGCCCAGCACCCGCAGUACGAGCUCGCCAACAGCAAGCUGAGCGGCCGCUUCGCCGCGGGCGUCUGGAGGCGGGCGGUCGAGGCCGGGAAGGACAUGACGAGGUUCGGCGCGGCUCUGGCGAGCUCCCGGCUCGAGAAGCUGGCCAUCUCGUUCAACGGUUGCGGCGACCAGGUCAGCCGCGAGCAGCUCUCCGCGCUCACGACCAGCCUGCCCUCGACACUGCGCGACCUGAACCUGGACUUCACUGGCUGCCGCGAGUUCGACGAUUCCGCCGCGCGCGAGCUGGCCGACCAUCUGCCGCCGACGCUGCUCCGCGUGCGGCUGACCUUCGAUGACUGCAGCCACCUCACCGACGGGGGCUGCCAGACCCUGAUCGAGGCUCUGCCAGCGGCAGGCCUCUCUCGCCUCAGUCUGGACUUCAACAGGUGCCGCAUGGAGGGCGGCGCCGCGCGCGUAUUGGCGGCCAAGCUGACGGCGGCGGUGAGACUGAAGAGGACUGCCCGGGCUGGGCUGUCUGUGCGCCACCCGAAGCGCUGCCAGGCCUCGCCGCUGGCGCCACUCGCCCUCGGCGGGUGUGAAGUUGCCGCGCGAGGCCAGCUGCAGGUGCCGCAGCCAGCGGGCCUCCCCUUCCGCCAGGGCUCCGCCGAGUCCUUCCUGGCCCUCUCGCCCUCGCCGGUCGGGAGCCUCGGCAUCGAGGCUGUGCGCAGGAGUGCCGCCGUCGAGGCGUCCUUCGGGCUGGGCUCGUGCCGCUGGGAGGAGGGGUACGGGUUGGGCUCCUCGGACUCCAGCGGCUUUCACGAGGGAGACGUCAAGAACGGCCUCAAGGCCGCUGGGAACUCGAGGACGCUGGGGCCGGCGACACCGUGGAGGCACAAACCCUCUGAGGCGGCGAACAGGAGCAAGCUGGACGUCAUCGCCGCUGGCCACGCCUCCCGAGGCGGCAGCGAGAUUCAGGUGGACCGGCCCGGGACCAUCCUGAAGAAGUUGGACCCGACAGAGCGUGACGUGUACAAGCGCCUGAAGAACACGUACGAAGACGACCCCGUCUACGUCUACACUCCAGAGUAUCACGGAGACGUCAAGGGCCUCGAUGAGAGCGGCAAGCCGGUGGAGUUCAUCAGGAUAAGCAACUUGUUGACGGGUUUCUUCCAGCCCAAGGUGAUCGACAUCAAGGUGGGCAUCCGGACGUUCUUGGAGUCGGAGUGCGACAAUCCGAAGCCCAGGGACGACCUCUACAAGCGCAUGUGCGAGCUCUAUCCCGAUGACCUCACACCAGAGGAGAAGGAGGUGCAGGCCAUUACAAAGUAUAGAUGGAUGUCGACACGGGACGCGCACACGACCAUCAGCUCUUUAGGCUUCCGAAUUGACGGCAUCGCCGGAUAUCGCAAGAAGCCGCGCGAGCAGAUGGAUAAGGUUAUCGCGUCGAUGCUCACCCACGAGGACGUCUGCGCCAUCCUCGCCGAGUUCGCGCAGGUCGCCGCGACGGACGACGGAGACGGCGACCCGGACGACAACGAGAUCGCGGUGGACAUCGCGGAGGAGAUGCUGCGGCAGCUGGAGGAGCUGUACCAGGCAUGUAUGGAGUCUGCGUUCGUGAAGCACCACGAGUUUAUCGGCUCUAGCGUAUCUGCGGGGCCUCGCCUUCUGCCGGAGAAGAGCAGGCAGGCCAUGAGGGCCGCCCUGAUCUGGUUUCUCGAGGCUCUCGGCAAAGACAGCGAAUGGAUUAUGAAGAUCGACGGUUCUUUGCAGGUCAAGACGAAGGUACUCGUGAAGGUUUCGGCGGGGCGGAUCACCGCUCGCAAGUUUAAAACGAAACUGGAGCAUGAUGGCACUGCCAUCCAGUAUUUGAUGAAGUAA